AGCCAAAGAGGAACGGUGGACACCAUUGUGUCGCCGGAGCGCCCAACAAUCAAAGCUGUACGAACAUCAGCUACACGGCAGGCAUCUCGAUUGAAUUUCCUGAGGGAAAUGGGUCAAAUUUGUGCGACGGCACCGAGUAGAUUUAAAGGAGCCGAUUUCAAAGCAUACCUCAUUGUGUUCGGUGCAUUUCGAGCGAAGUUGUUACGAAAACAGCUUGGCAUUCUCACUGAAGGGUAUGGCGAACACGUAGCGGAAUAGAGUCCUCGUCAAGGGCUCUAUUCCCACAAUACACCUCACAUUAUU